UUUAUCCUCUUUGUGGCUGGGAGUUGCCCGAUAGCUCGUGAUAAAAUCAUGUGACUUGAUCAGCUGGUCACUAUCUUCUGGCUGUGUGACUGCACUGCUGACUGGCGUAGUUUCAUUCUGGUUCUGGAAUUCACUGUUUGCCAUUAGAAGUUUUAGUAAAUUUUAAAAUAAAAUGGCUUAUCCAGGAACUUUAGGGGCUGUUCAAGCUGCCAAGGAGCAUGUAUUGGCAGUUUCAAGGGAUUUCAUUUCACAGCCAAGAUUGACAUAUAAAACUGUUUGUGGUGUCAACGGCCCUUUGGUGAUCUUGGAUGAGGUCAAAUUCCCCAAGUUUGCUGAAAUUGUUCAGCUCAAACUUGCUGAUGGAACUGUUCGUUCCGGUCAAGUAUUGGAAGUCAGCGGCACUAAGGCUGUUGUACAGGUCUUCGAAGGAACUUCCGGAAUUGAUGCGAAAAACACUCUGUGUGAGUUCACCGGUGAUAUCCUUCGGACGCCAGUAUCAGAAGAUAUGCUUGGUCGUGUAUUCAACGGAAGUGGUAAGCCCAUCGACAAAGGACCUCCCAUUCUUGCCGAGGAUUAUCUCGACAUUCAAGGUCAACCCAUCAAUCCUUGGUCGCGUAUCUAUCCCGAGGAAAUGAUCCAGACUGGAAUUUCAGCCAUCGACGUCAUGAACUCGAUUGCUCGUGGCCAGAAAAUUCCCAUCUUUUCAGCUGCCGGUCUACCUCACAACGAAAUUGCUGCUCAAAUCUGUAGACAGGCUGGUCUUGUCAAACUGCCAGGAAAGUCAGUUCUCGAUGACUCUGAGGACAACUUUGCUAUUGUAUUCGCAGCCAUGGGAGUCAACAUGGAAACUGCUCGAUUCUUCAAACAGGAUUUCGAGGAGAAUGGUUCUAUGGAGAACGUGUGCCUGUUCUUGAACCUGGCGAACGACCCGACGAUCGAGCGUAUCAUCACACCACGCCUGGCGCUGACGGCCGCCGAGUUCCUGGCCUACCAGUGCGAGAAGCACGUGCUCGUCAUCCUCACCGACAUGAGCUCCUACGCCGAGGCGCUGCGAGAGGUGUCCGCCGCCCGCGAGGAGGUGCCCGGCCGUCGUGGUUUCCCCGGUUACAUGUACACCGAUCUGGCCACCAUCUACGAGCGCGCCGGACGAGUCGAGGGUCGCAACGGCUCCAUCACACAGAUCCCCAUUCUCACUAUGCCCAACGACGAUAUUACCCAUCCUAUUCCUGAUUUGACGGGAUACAUCACGGAGGGACAAAUCUACGUAGACAGACAGCUGCAGAACAGACAGAUCUACCCACCAGUGAACGUGCUGCCUUCGCUCAGUCGUCUCAUGAAGUCGGCCAUUGGCGAGGGAAUGACACGCAAGGAUCACAGUGAUGUCUCCAACCAACUGUACGCUUGCUACGCCAUCGGCAAGGACGUCCAGGCCAUGAAGGCUGUCGUCGGAGAGGAAGCUUUGACACCCGAUGACUUGCUCUACUUGGAAUUCUUGACCAAGUUCGAAAAGAAUUUCAUCUCACAAGGAAACUAUGAGAACAGAACAGUUUUCGAGUCGCUGGACAUUGGUUGGCAGCUGCUGCGUAUCUUCCCCAAGGAGAUGUUGAAGCGUAUCCCGGCCACCACCUUGGCCGAGUUCUAUCCUCGUGACUCGCGCCACACCCAGAGCAAGUAAAUUAUUUAUAAGAUCUUAUUAUCAACAUUCCAGAUGAUGAUGAAUCUGCAGAUAGAUGUCAAUAAGGAAAAUUUGUUGGUUUAUUUGAACAGUGAAUUCCACUCCUUUUGUGACAUUGUAAAAAAGUAUUCACAUUGUUGUGUAAAAAAUGAAAUGUAUUUUAUCAUAAAUGUAUCUAAAGUAGAAAGCGUUAGAAAUAUCAUUGUUAUUUAGUGAAAUAUAUAUUUGAUUGAAAUUUAUUUAGAUUUUUCAAAUUGUUGGACAAUAUUUCUUAAAAUAAGAUUCAUAUUCACUGUCAGGCUUUUGAGUAGAGAUAAUAAUAAUAAUAUUAAUACUAAUCUAUCAAUGCCUGUGUCUUGAUAAGUGUUCAGAAUAUUAGUGUAUUAUGGUAGCACAAAUUAUCAUUGCAGUACUUAUUCAAAGUCUGUCCAUGGGAAAAUGUAUUAUUACAUUUUAAACAUUCUUAACUAAUAAUCUUGAUGUUGAAAGCUUUUUAUGACGUCCUUUUAGACCCUUUGUAUGAUAUUUCGUCCAUUAAUUAGCAUGUGGAUGGAUUGGCAGCUAAAGCUGUAUCGGAAUUUUAUUGCCACCGCAUAUCAUAAUUAUUUUGCUUUUUCAAUACUGCUAAUGAAAGUGUAUGAACAGUAAAUGCCAUGGUUUGGUUUGGGUUGUUAUUAAGAAUUAGUUGUUAAGCAUCAUUCCUCCUAAAUCUUUUCCUUAUAGAUAAGCAAAAUAUAUACACAAAAACUUGUAAAAUAUUCAUGUUCAAUAAAUGAAAGUUUCAACUGUAA